CUUUCUUGCAAAAACGCUUUCCCUACUUCCUGUGCUCCUGCGAGACGCGCGCGUCGGGGAUUAACGCGUUUCUGGGCCGCCGUAAGCCCGGCUAGGGGCCGCUCUGACUCGAGAGCUGGCUACAGGCGCAUGGAAGGUUCCCCGGAACGGGAGGCGCCAGCGGCGGCGCUGGCCGCCGUGCUAAAGCACAGCUCGACGUUGCCGCCCGAAAGCACCCAGGUUCGGGGCUACGACUUCAACCGCGGUGUGGAUUACCGCGCGCUGCUGAAAGCCUUCGGCACCACCGGCUUCCAGGCCACCAACUUCGGGCGCGCUGUACAGCAAGUCAAUGCCAUGAACCACAUCCCUGUGUUUAGUCCCGCACUUACAGACGGCUCGCUGGGCGACAUGAUCUUCUUCCAUUCCUACAAGAACCCGGGCCUGGUCCUGGACAUCGUUGAGGACCUGAGGCUCAUCAACACGCAGGCCAUCUUUGCCAAGGGCACUGGGAUGAUCAUUCUGGGCGGGGGUGUGGUCAAGCACCACAUCGCCAAUGCCAACCUCAUGCGGAACGGGGCCGACUAUGCUGUCUACAUCAACACAGCCCAGGAGUUUGAUGGCUCCGACUCGGGUGCCCGACCAGACGAGGCUGUCUCCUGGGGCAAGAUCCGGGUGGAUGCACAGCCCGUCAAGGUCUAUGCCGACGCUUCCCUGGUCUUCCCCCUGCUCGUGGCUGAAACCUUUGCCCAGAAGAUAGAUGCCUUCAUGCAUGAGAAGAACGAGGACUGAGCAGCUGCUGUCCCAAGGUCUUACCCCCUCCUCUAUUUAUUAAUUUGCAGACCCAGCCCCUCCCCUACUUUUUGGUCAGCCACGUCUCUAGAAUAAAAUGGUCUCUGCAGUCCUUCC